GGGCUGGCUUAGGCUAUGAACAACCAGCAAUUUUAUUUUUGCAAUACGUUUCAUUAUAUACUUUUCUGAAGCCAAAGUUGUUUACAACAGAUCAAUGUACUUAAGUUAAAGUAAGCAAGUUACGCCCACUAAGUUAAGCCCAGUAACUAAGUUAAUCCCAUUAAGUAGGUUACGCCCAGUAAGUAGGUUACUUUCAGUAAUUAGGUUACGCCCCAUAGAUCAAUGUAAGUAAGUUACAGUCACGCCCAGUAAGCUAUGGGAAGUAAGUUAGUUACACCCUGUAAGCUAUGGUAAGUAAGUUACAGUUACACCCAGUAAGUUACGGUAAGUAAGUUACCAAGUGUAAAUACUUAAGUUAAUAUUUUACAAUGAAGGUAACAAGGGUCCAAAAUGAACACAAUCAAGCAAUAAACCAUAAGAAGCCGAAAGUGGACACAUUGCCUUCCAAGUCCUCAUAUCCAUAAAGUAAUGUCUGUUAAUUAUUUAGAAAAACAUAGUCCCUCUCUCCGUUCCUGCUUUCCCUCAGCUCGACUCCUCCAACCAGGGAUCUGUGUCUGGGCUCAAGCUCACCGUAUGGCGAGGCCCAUUUCCCAGGGGCCUCACACUGGAGCGAUCCCCACAGAUUCCCUCAUAGUUCACUGCAGCCUUGAACUCUGGGCUCAAGAGAUCCUCCUGAGUAGCUGGGACUACCACACCUGGCUAGUUUAAAUAUAUAUAUGUAUAUAUAUAUAUGGUUUGGUAACAGAAAGAUUAAAGUUAUAAAUAUACAUAUGCAUGUAUAUUUUAGAGAUGGGGGUGUUGCACUAUCUUCCACAGGCUGGUCUCAAACUCCUGGCUUCAAGCAAUCCUCCUGCCUCAGCCGACUGAGUAGCUAGGACCGUAGGCAGCACCAGCAUGCCUGGAUAAUUUUUAAUUUUUUCGUAGUGACAGGGGUCGCUUUGUUGGCCAGGCUGGUCUUGAACUCCUGGCCUCAAGUUAUUAUUUGCUACUCAGCUUCCCAAAGUGGUGGGGUUUCAAGCAUGAGCCCCAGAGCCCAGCCUACUAUUUUAGCAAAGAGAAAACCUUGUAGGGAGCAGCAAACAAGCCAGUUUCCUGACCCCACAGCCUCCAGUAGUGAGCAGUCACACAAUGCUCACUCCUGGGUUACUUGACCUAUUACAUUAGCUGCCUGUGUAGCUAACUGCAAAAACUGUUCUAUCAGGAGAUGGAAGCUUUGGAGCCUUGUGUACUCAGCCAGAGCACACAGGGGUGCUCAGGCUCUCUCAACAAUAAACUGUAACAUCCCCUCCAAAAAGUCCUUCACGAUUAAGCCUGCCUUCUACUGUGUAUGAGUUUCAUGUCGGAAAUGCUCCAUUACAGAUAUGGGAAUAUAAUCAAUCCUUGUGACUUAGCCAGUCUGAUGAGUGAGACAUGACUUAUCUUCCUUGUAUUACUUUCCAUUUCUCUUGAGGUUGAAUACUUGACAAAUAUUUACUGAUAAUUUGUGAAACUGUUCUUUAAAAACCUAACUCCUCCCCGGGGAUUUCUCUUUCCAUGUUCCUGACUCAGGGGAAACAAAUAAAGGAAGAGCUCCGUUUAUCGUCGCUGUUGGCUGCGGUUCCCGCCUGAGUACUGUCUCUACUGCCAUUUCCCCUUCAACUUGUGCUGUGUGGACGCACACGAGUGUCAGGCAACGUGUGUUCCCGCCUGAAUACUGUCUCCUCUUGGUCUGUUCCGGGCUCCAAGAAGGCCAGGAGUCAAGACACGAGGGCAUUUCCUUUUUCUGAUACACAAGCCAAGUCCGGAGCACACAGUGGAGGAGUCAGAGGUGUCCUUCCGUGGCGCAGAUGAACGCAUCUGUUGUUCUCUUUCACUGCUGUCGCAGAGUCCCUCAGCCCAGUUCGCACCUGACGGCCGGCGUCUUUCAGAGACGAAGCAGCAAAGGGGACAUUCUCUGACCGUUCUCUAGGGUGCUUUAGCGCUCGAGCUCCGUGCGAGCCUGGCCGCGUCCCCUCCAAUAGACACGGACUUCACGGUGCAUCCCGACUCACAAGCGCGUGGUCUUCCAGCUUUCCCCCGACGGGCCCCCUCGCUGGUCCUGCCCCUGACCCCAAGGGGUGGCGCGGGGCGUCUCGGGGUGUCUUGGGCCCGCGGCGCGCACCCCGGGUCCCAGCGGCCCUCCCCGCCCGCGCGCGCAGCCAAUGGGCGCGGGACCCGCCCUCCCCGGAGCCCAGGGCUCGGAGCUCCGCCUGCGCCUAGUCCCAGCACCCGCGGCGCCGCGUCCCCGGCCCAGUCAUGGCGUCCUCGGCGGCCGGCUGCGUGGUGAUCGUUGGCAGUGGACUCAUUGGGCGAAGCUGGGCCAUGCUGUUUGCCAGUGGAGGCUUUGAAGUGAAACUCUAUGACAUUGAGCAACAGCAGAUAAGGAACGCCCUGGAAAACAUCAGGAAGGAGAUGAAGUCGCUGGAACAGGCAGGCUCUCUGAAAGGCUCCCUGAGUGUGGAAGAGCAGCUGUCACUCAUCAGUGGAUGUCCCAGUAUCCAAGAAGCAGUAGAGGGCGCCAUGCACAUUCAGGAAUGUGUUCCAGAAGACCUAGAACUGAAGAAGAAGAUUUUUGCUCAGUUAGAUUCCAUCGUUGAUGAUCGAGUGAUCUUAAGCAGUUCCACCUCUUGUCUCAUGCCUUCCAAGUUGUUUGCUGGCUUGGUCCAUGUGAAGCAGUGCAUCGUGGCUCAUCCUGUGAAUCCACCGUACUAUGUCCCGCUGGUUGAGCUGGUCCCCCACCCGGAGACGGCCCCUACGACAGUGGACAGAACCCACGCCCUGAUGAAGAAGAUUGGACAGUGCCCGGUGCGAGUCCAGAAGGAGGUGGACGGCUUUGUUCUCAACCGCCUGCAGUACGCAAUCAUCAGUGAGGCCUGGAGGAUGGUGGAGGAAGGAAUUGUGUCUCCUAGUGACCUGGACCUCGUCAUGUCAGAAGGGCUGGGCAUGCGGUAUGCGUUCAUUGGACCCCUGGAAACCAUGCAUCUCAAUGCGGAAGGUAUGUUAAACUACUGCGACAGAUACAGUGAAGGCAUGAAACGUGUCCUAAAGACUUUUGGACCCAUUCCAGAGUUUUCCAGGGCCACGGCUGAGAAGGUUAACCAGGGAAUGUGCUUGAAGGUCCCUGAUGACCCAGAACACUUAGCUGCCAGGAGGCAGUGGAGGGAUGAGUGCCUCAUGAGACUCGCCAAGUUGAAGAGUCGGGUGCAGCCCCAGUGAAUUUCUUGUAAUGCAGCUGCCACGCCUGUCAUUGGAGGCCCUAUUUGGGAACACUGGAAGCUCUUAAUCAGCCCACUGUGACACAGGAGCAGCCCACGGGGAUUCUGAGCUGGCUGUCUUGCAUGCAGCCCGAGUGCGGUGGUCCAGGCCAGUGGACCUGUCACUUUGGAUCAUAGCCCUGGGCUUGGGGGCACAGUAGCACUUGGGUUCUCCGGCUGUGGAUUUCCUGCCACCUGGGCAGAUAACUCAGAGAUUUUCACCUUUUCUUUUCAGUGUGAUUACAUAUGACUACAUUUUACCACCAGUGAUUAGAGUUUCAUGUGAAUACUUGAUAAAAUAUUUUUGUAAUUAUUUUCUAAUGAGUACUCUGCGGCCCUGCAUUUAUGAGGCUCCUGCCUUCAUUUUGCUAAUGCCUUUUCUGAAUAAAAGUUUUUGAUUCCUUAAA